AUGAAGCUCAACUUCAAAUCCAGGCUUCGACAUGUCUGCAAACGCCGUCCCCAACCACGCAGCACGACUCAAUAUCAAACCCAGCCAUCUUGCGCCUUUCUUCAACUGCCUGCAGAGAUUCGGAAUGACAUAUACAAGCUCGUACUGGUCACCACUGACAGCAUUUCUCUCCACCUUAACAACCUCCCACAGCCCGCCCUGACCACAGCCUGCCGCCAAAUUCAAGCCGAAGCGCUCCCGAUCUUCACAUGGAACAACACCUUCGUCCUCAACUGGACUAUGAGCAACCGAGGGAUCUUGCGCAGUUCCACCAACCCAGGCACCCUCAGCUGGACUAAACGCACCAGCGCUAUUGCAUUCUUCCAAACCAUCGAGUUCCGUUCAAGAACGACCGCAAAACUGUUCUCCCAGACACCAUUGCACUCAUUCAUGAUAAAGCUCCCACUACCCGGCGAGGACGAAGUGUUGUCCUUCCACCACAGGGAGUACUGUCCCGACACGAACACACACAACUUCAGCGAUUGCAGAUAUUAUCAGAAAACCCUGAACUCAAGCGCCGAAAGCCUCAACAAAGUAACUACCGAUCACCGAGCCCAAGGCGUCGCCGGCUUGAUAGAGAUUGGGCAUGCCAUGCCGAAAGUUUUGGCAGGGCGCGGAGACAGGGUGUGGUGGAGCGUGCUCGGGCUGACUGCUCUCAAUCGGAUUGGAGCUAGCGAUAAGAUAUGGUGCUCGUGGGUCCUUCUGUACGAGGACAGCGAUGAGGAGGAGGAGGAGGAGGAGGAUGAUGAUGUGGAUGAUGAGAACCGCGAACCUGAGAUUGCGAGGCAGCUGAUGGAGUAUAGUUCCACAAUGGUGCUUAGCGACCUCUGA